GUUCCGAAUACAAACCUCUACGGAAUCCCGGUUGCCCCAUCACGAAAACAUAGCAUAACUUUAUGUUGCGUGCAUUUACAAAAUCUGCUGUUCUAUUGAGAAACAUGUCUGCAUCAGCCACGCAAAUUGUCCGCUCUUCUGAGGCCGCAGGCCCCAUCGAAGAACUGAUAAUUGCCAAGAUUUCAGCCAACUUGAAACCAUCGUUUUUGAAAAUCGCCAACGACUCACACAAGCACAGCCACCACCAGCCGAUGCAAGAUGCAUCGAACGUGAAAGAGUCUCAUUUUAGACUUGAGGUCGUGAGCGAAGAAUUCCAGGGCAAAAACAUGCCUGCUAGACAUCGUCUUAUCUAUCUGUUGCUUGACGACGAGUUCCAAAAUCAGGGCUUGCACGCUUUGCAAAUGAAAACCAAGACGGCCGAAGAAGCAGAAAAAGCCAAAAAGAGAUGAAAACAUGCGUGAAAUAUCUCAGAUAUAGAAUCCUAUUAUAUAUUAAACAACUUAUAACUACUGCCCAUUACAGUUUGCCGAAUUCCCUGCGACUAUAAUUAUCUAAUCUCUGCGAUGUGCAAAGCUCACUAACCCAUCCUUGACAGGCUUAGAUGUCUGCGGUACCGUCUUCUGCUUGCGCCGAUUCUUGAACGGAAGCGUUUUUGGCCACCAACUCAACGAUUCUUCUGAUGACCGGCAAGCUCAACCACGCAGGAACAUAGGCUUCCACACGUGAAAACGGCCGAAGAUUAACACUUCUGAAAGGGUCGUUGAAGUGACCAUCAGCAGAGAUAAUUUCAAACAAAUCAUCGUUUGACCCAUCAGUGCUCUUCACCUUGUCUGCGACCACUUGCAAAACAUCAGGAGCGAUGGGUGUUUCAUACUCAGCAACAUAAUAUUGCGAAAUCAACUUCUGGAUUUGAAUGGGCU